UGUGGCCAUGAGUGGUGUGGCACUGCCAUGACCCAUCAUCUUGUCUUGAAGAUGCAUCCUGACUUACAUCCACACUUGCACACUGAAGAAUGCAAUAUCGUGAUUAACUUGCUAAAGGAAUAUCACAUAAAUCACAGCAUUCGAAAAUUUUUUGGUCAUUGCAAUGAUCUUGAUCAGGCAAUGAGAAAAAAAUGCUUGAAAAAUGAGUACAUGGAAAAGAGGACCAAGAGCAGAGACCACCAUGCCCGGCCGCAAAAGAGACUUUUUAAUUCUCCAGAGGAAUCUGAAAAAUAA